AUUAAGUUCAAUAGCUGUCAAUUCCCAAAGUAUUUCUUGGAUGCAGAUAGAAAAUAAUAAUAAUGAAAUUAUACAGUUUUGAUCUCAAUUUCAAUUAAUAUUAUCAAUAGUGUAAACAAAAUUCUAAUACUUCUAUCAUGGAAGAAGUUAUAGAGGAAGUUUUUCUGGUCAAGGAAGAACCGGUCGACUUUACAUUACCAGCGAUUAGGGUCGUUGCCUGCCCAUUGUCGGAGGGUGAAGUUACCGAAACCCGACUGGAUCAAUUUUGUCGCUUAUGUUUACGCGAACUUCCAGAUCUGAUUCCGCUGAAGUCCCGUAUACAAGAUGUUCUGAUUACGGAUAUGUUUCAAAUGCUGAUGGGGUUCAGUAUGACCCAUUCGCGUCUUAGGUUUCCCAGGAAGCUUUGCAAUGAGUGUCUUUUAAAGUUAGACUACGCUUACAACAUCAGAAAGGAGUUCGAGGAGUCGGAUGUGUUUUUAAAAAAGCUAAAACUAACAAAUGAAGGGGCCCUUGUUGAUAGUUUGCAUAGGUAUCAGAAGGACAUCAGUCUUCAGCCUAGUCCCUUUCGUGUGAGGACGGUGAAUAGUAGCUCCUCUGUCACCGAAAUUGAACCCGAGUAUCUUGUCGAACAAUCAACCGAAGAGUUGAUAGAAGAAGAACGACUGGACGAUAUAUCUGCUCCAGAAGAUGAGCAAACUACUUCAGAACAUGUUAAACCUAUAGAAAAGAAACGCAAGUGUCGCCGUUACAAUAUAGAAAUGAAGGAAACAAAGCUGGAUCCAAACAAGUGCUACAUAUGUUCUCAGGUUUUUGAUUCCCAUGAUAGUUUAAAUAUCCACCUUCCGGUGCACGUGGAUAUGAUCCCCUAUUCUUGCAAACAAUGCACAGAUGAGACCGGUUCGAGAAAGGACGUAAAAUCUCUGAUUUUACUACACCGUCACUUUCGAAUGCACGCGGGUUCAAUCAAGUGUCCGGAGUGUCCUUUUCAGACUUGCACCGCAGUCGGGUUGUACAAUCAUAUGCAACGCUAUCAUGGAGAGGAAACCGAUACGGAGUACACUUGUGAGAUUUGCGGCAGUAAGAUGACUAACAAAAGAAAUUAUGACAGCCAUAUGCGGUAUCACAAAGCGAUUGAUGAGGGUCGUUACACUUGCAACUAUUGCGAUAAAAAGUUUGCCACAAAUGCCCGGAUGGUUCGGCAUGAGCGGAGUCACACCAAUGAAAAACCGUUCCAGUGCAAAUAUUGCGAGAAGAGCUUCAACAAUGAAACCUCUAUGAACACUCAUGAACGAACGCACACGGGUGAAAGAGGCUAUCGUUGCGAUUUUUGCGGAAGCUGCUACCGCACUAACAAUGCCCUAAAAGAGCACCUAGGGCAUGCCCAUUCGGAAAUCACCGGCAGUAAUCCUCGACGUCAAACUAGCAAAAUAUUCUUCUCGGAACCGGCCAAGUGUGAAGUCGUGGGAUGCGACUUCAGCACCAUAAGUCGGGCUAAAUACUAUAGCCACAGGAGCAAACACGAAAUGAAGUAUCACUGCCAGACAUGUUCGGAACGAUUUCCCAGCCGUCAGCGACUAGAUCAACACACGUACAAGCACACCGGUGUUAAGCCGUACUGUUGCGAGCUGUGCGGCAAGGGAUUUCGGUUUAGGAGCAGUUUCAACGAGCACUUGGACAAACACGGAAACGUUCGGUCCUACUCGUGUGAGAUUUGCGGAAUGUCGUUUGUUCGCCAGCGUACUUUGAAGGAGCAUCGACUAAAGCAUAAAGAGGGAAUGAACUACGCGUGCCGUGUCUGUGGUAAAAAGUUCAAGUAUCGCGCGGAUCAGUCGAAACACGAACGCACACAUGCUGAGCCGGAAAUGAAGGAUGAAUCGGUCACAUUGGAUGAAUCCCAAGAUGGCAUGGAUUUGAUCGAAGAGGACACCGAUGAAAUUCAGUGAAAGGUGCUACAAUUAUUGGCUUGAUUUGUGGUUUAUAACUGUGAUGAUCAAUUUAUUGAAAAUGAAAA